AUACAGUGAUUUAAAGCGAAUAACAGCUAUAUAUACAAUUAAUAGUCACUAGUGUACACCUUUAGAGAAAAUAUUCCGGUUAAAAAGUCAAGAUGUUGCCUCCUGGUGGAUUAAUGGAGAUUGUUUUCUCAUUUGAUACAACUGGUUCUAUGUCAAGUUGUUUAAAUCAGGUCAGAGGUCAAAUACAAGACAUGGUUCAACGUCUUCAAGCAGAUAUACCGUCUAUAAGAAUGGCUGUAUUUGCUCAUGGUGAUUAUUGUGAUAAAUCUACAUAUGUAACUAAAUAUAUAGAUUUUACAACGGAUGUUAACAAAUUAUGUGAUUUUGUUAAAACAACGGGAUCAACAGGAGGGGGUGAUACUGAUGAAUGUUAUGAACUUGUUUUAAGACAAGUAAGAGAAGAUUUAUCGUGGACUCCUGGUUCAAGAAGAUCAUUGGUACUUAUUGGUGAUGCUCCACCACAUGAACCUAGCUAUCCUCAAAAUACUCUUAAUAUAGACUGGAGAGACGAGGCUGAUAUUUUAGGAACUAUGGGAGUUAAGAUUUACGCAACACAAUGCCAAAGUAGCUCUUCAGCUGAAAAAUUCUACAAAACUAUAGCGCAAAAAACUGGUGGUCAUCAUCUGAAAUUACAGGAAUUUUCUAAUAUUUUUGAUUUUCUGAUGGCCGUAGCUUACAGAGAACAUGGCGACGAACUUUUCCAAGUUUAUGAAAAAGAAGUAAGAAGUCGAUGUGGGACAGGUUUAAAUAAAGAUUUAAGCGACCUGUUUACAACGUUAAGAGAUGGUGAUAUUGAUUCCACAACUGAUGAUACAACAGUGACUUCUACUUCCCUUCCAUUUAAAAAGAGAAAGACAUCACCAGGGAAAGUUACUUCAGCUAAAAGGGUUAAACUGAGCGAUGCGUCCAAGACAGCAACAGCUCCAUAUAAAAAACCUACUUCAUCUAAAAUCAGCAGAGCUAUUAAAACUGCAAAGAGAACAAUUAAGGAAGUCAAAGUAGCUUAUCCACGUAUCAGAAGAGAGAUGAUUGCCGAAAAUCAUUUUUAUUUGAACGAUAAGAAAUGGUCACCAUGGCAACAAGUAAUAUCCCAUGAUGCUGGUUUAAAUAAAAAUGGUGAUUGGCAACAACAAGGUUCUUAUUACAGAAAAAAAGCAAUAUUUCAAUUUGAUGCAGAGACACCUUCUAUGUAUGAAGUCUCCGUUCAAGCUAAAAGAAGAAGCAAACGUUACAUAGUCUAUAACAAAAUGGCGCACAGAGUUUCCGGUAAAUGGGAAAGACGUCUGUUUGCACAAUCUGACAUUAAGAAACAAGUUAAUAAAAUAGCUGAUCGAGGUUACAAUUUAUAUGUGAGAAGACUUCCGUUAACUUCUGCAGCUUUAAAAAGGGACACUAUAACGGCUUUACGUAGAUACGAUUAUUCAUGGAGAAAAAUCAGAAAUGUACGAAACAACCAUCGUCAAGUAAAUAUCUCUUCAACAAUCAUAUCUGAUGAUGUGUUAUAAACUGAAAACCUGUUUUGUGCAUUCAAAUUUAUUUUCAGAUUAAUUAGCCGCUGUACGGACCGAACUUU